CAUUGUCAAAAUCAGCUGGGGCCUGCGCUCCUAUUUUAAUUUAUUUUCCUGGGGUUAAAACAUUAUAAGAAAUUAAUCCUUACCAUUGAUUUUCAAAGGAUAAAAAUAAAAUAUAAGUAGCAUUGUGAUCGCAAAAUGACAGAAUUAACAAAACCACCCGUUGAUCAAAAUUUAGUGAAUUUCACACAGAAAAACGAUUAUGACUCCCUAGCGAAAUAUCUGGUUGGAAACAUCUAUCGAUAUCGAGAAAAUAUAAUUAUACCAAGAGUGUUGGGUCCAGUUGUCAUCAAAACAAAUGAAGAGAAAAUGAUUGAAUCCACAAUAGAGAGUUGCCCGUUUAAAUCAGUGACCAGUUGUAUUAUAGGCUAUGGUCUGGGUCUAGCGGUGGGUCUCUUCACUUCCUCACUGAUGCCCAACAUGACAGACCCAAUGGCUCAACAGAAUCAAACCGCACGAGAGAUCCUGCGUGAGAUGAAAACAUCUAUGUUAAGUUACGCUAAGAACUUUGCUAUUCUCGGUGCUGUGUUCUCUGGAGUCGAGUGUUGUAUAGAGACAGCAAGAGGAAAGUCCGAUUGGAGGAACGGCACAUAUGCUGGUGGGGUCACUGGAGGGCUUAUUGGGUUGCGUGGUGGAUUAAAAGCGGGCAUAUUUGGGGCAGCUGGCUUUGCAGCGUUUUCCACAGUCAUCGACUACUACAUGCAUCAGCGAUAAAUUUAAUUAAUGUUCGUUUUAGUGAUAAUUAUAAAGUAAUU